UAAGUAUUAAAUUAGCUUUGGAUUACCACGGAAGCUGUGACUAUAUACUAAGUAUAAUUGAAUUUUCAAAGCAAGCGACAUGUUCGAUAAGCCAAUCAAUUUGAAAAACGUUCGUAAAUUUGCAAUCGAACAUUUCAAACGCAGACGCGCACCGCACGGCAACGCAACAAGACAACCUACGCCAUUGGCAGCUGGCAGCGCAGGGGUAGCGAAUCGUGUGUACGUUGGCAACGGCGACGAAGCGGGCACUUCGUCAGCAAUCUCAUUGAGCGCUGGUAGCAUCAAAGUAACACGAUUGUCAUCAGUGGACGCACUCGAACUAGCAAGUGUCGUAAAAGUUUCGAAGUCGACCGGAACUAAGCCGAAACUUCCGAAACGUUUACUAGCGACACCAACAACAACAGCAACAGCGAUCACACCACGCACUAGCUUACGUCACAAACAGUAUAAACAACGUCUACAACAACAUCCGUACACCGAUGUGGUAGUGGAUGCAAGCGAAUUCAGAAAGAUGGCACAACAGAAUGGUGAUAAUGAAACUAAACCUCUCACACAGGCUUACCUAACGGAGAAGCCGAAAAUACAACCGAAGUAUGACGUGCAUCGUGAUGUUUUAUCCCACGAGGUGGUCAUCAAACAGACUGGCUAUGGUGCGCGCGACAAAAGCAUACCAUCGGGUGUACGUCGCUCUUGGGAGCAUUGGUCCUUUCUGUCGCUGUUUGUCGGCAUAAUACCGAUUGUACAAUGGUUGCCACGCUACUCGCUGCGUCGUGAUGCUAUGGGUGAUCUUGUGGCUGGUAUAACGGUGGCGAUUAUGAAUAUACCCCAUGGUAUGGCGUACGGUAUAUUGGCGGGUGUGACACCGGGUUGUGGGCUCUCGCUGGCCAUUUUCCCCGUGAUAGUCUACAUGAUAUUGGGCACAUCGAAGCACAUAUCGAUUGGCACUUUUGCUGUGAUAUCUAUGAUGACAUUGAAGGUGGUACAAACAUAUGCCACCGAAGAUCACUUGUUAUUAGCACCGUCGGUGGCGAUAAAUGGCACGUUGGGUGAUGCAGCGGAAGCCGUAAAGGUGGCUGAGAUAAUUACGCCCGUCGAAGUGGCAACAGCGUUGGCGUUUUGCACGGGGUUGUUACAUCUCGGCAUGGGCUUCUUUCGUCUGGGCACAUUAUCAGCACUACUUAGCGAGCCACUGGUCAAUGGCUUUACUACUGGCGCUGCCGUACAUGUCACCGUUAGUCAGUUGAAGGAUGUGCUCGGUGUGCAAGUGCCACGCUAUAAGGGGGCUUUUAAAAUUGUCUUUACCGUCAUCGAUCUCUUCAAGUCUAUACCAAAAACGAAUAUCGUGGCGCUUGUCAUUUGCCUCUGCAUUAUGGUCUUCAUGACGAUCUGCAAUGAAUGGCUUAAGCCGUGCCUAAAGAAACGUUGUCGCUUGCCUUUCCCCGGCGAGUUGAUAUCCGUUAUAGGCGGUACCUUGAUCUCACGUCUACUCAGUCUGCAUGACAACUAUGGUGUGACUUUAGUCGGUGAUAUUCCGAAAGGUUUACCUAUGCCUGAACUGCCGCGUAUGGAUUUAAUACCAGUGGUGGCGGUGGAUUCCAUUGCUAUAGCGAUUGUCAGCUUCUCAAUUGUCAUGUCUAUGGGACUAACAUUUGCGCGGAAACAUGCAUACGAGGUGCGUGCUAAUCAGGAGCUCUUCGCAUUGGGCAUGGCCAAUUGUAUAUCCAGUUGUUUCUCUUGCUAUCCACUGGCAUGUUCACUGUCGCGUUCCGUUAUACAAGAGCAGACCGGCGGUGUGACACAGAUAGCAUCACUCGUAUCAGCCACAUUGAUUAUAAUGACAUUGCUGUGGAUGGGUCCGUUUUUCAGCACACUGCCACGGUGCGUGUUGGCGGGCGUUAUUAUUGUUGCGUUGAAGCCAAUGUUCCUGCAGGCCAAAGAGCUUAAGAAAUACUCUAAACAAGGCAAGUUGGAGCUUCUCACAUGGCUUACGACCUUUGUACUGGUCGUAUUGAUCGAUAUUGAUUAUGGCCUCCUUAUCGGCAUUUUAAUUUCAUUGUUGGCGCUCUACAUAAAGGGUCUGAAACCAUAUUGCUGCCUAUUGGGCACCAUACCCGAAGCACCCGCCGUCUAUGUGGAUCUCAAUCAUCAUCGCAACGCGAUUGAAGUGCCCGAAACGAAAAUCUUCCGUUACGUGGGCUCACUAAAUUUCGCAACGAACAUGUAUUUCCGACGUUCCCUCUACGACAUUAUCGGUUUGGAUAUGAAGAAACUGCAACGCAAUAAGACAGCCGUACAACAGAAUGGCAAAACCAUUGAAAAUGGUGAAGUGUCACAAUUGAAUAACUUCAAUUUCCUAAUAUUGGAUUUCUCCAUGUUGGGUCACGUUGAUGUGGCGGGUUGUAAAGCGAUAACCGAUAUCAUGAAGGAACUCAAAGCGCUGGGUGUGCGUUUAUUCAUCUCCAGUCCAUCGGAUCGCGUGUACGAUACAUUAGUGCAUAGCAUGGCGUUGGGCGAGGGACCGUUCGAAACUUUCCCCACACUACAUGAUGCUGUGGAAUAUGCCAAGGCUUGCCGGCUGGCAUGAGACUUAAUGUACAGAUUUGCAAAUGGGCGUGUAAGAUAUAUAAAUAAUAAUGUCUAAGGCAUUAAGUACACUGUAAAUAAAAGUGUAAAUAACAGUAGCUGUGAAGCAAACCCGGGGUUGCUAACUCCGCUAAUAAAUUCAGUUGCGUAGCGCAAUCUAGGAAUUUUAUAUACAUUUUAGGGAGCUUGUACCUUGAGUGAGUGUUAAGAAACAAAAAACCAUAAAGAUAUAAUAAUAAAAAUUAAGCAAAAUUAUACUUAACUAGCGUGCUUAUAGCAAAUUGUAAAAAAUUCUUAAUAGUAAUAGUUAAAAUUUAAUUGAUAUAUUAAUGUUAAACAUUUAUUUUUUGAGUUUUUACUGAAAUUGCAACCACCUAAUAUAAAAUAUAUACGAAAGAAGGUACAACGAC